UGGUCAUUAACAAGGAAACAUGACUAUCAUCACCUCGUGAUUUUUAUAGCUCUUGUGUGGUUCUGUUCCUUGUAUUGUCUUACUUCCCUGAAGGAGUGUAAGCAACUGUAUGAUUACUAUGGUUUCUCAUGUCUGUUAAUAAUGACAGAAUGCUAAACGACAUGACUAGCGAAAAGACAUCGUUAUUACGUUCUGCAAGAGAGGUUUCCUCAUACUCAGGUUCAUUGGGGUCAUCAAAUUUGAGCAAUGCACGGCAAAGGAUCAAGCCUGGCAGAUUACAAACAGUAUUUUCAAAAUAUGAGAGUCUUGAUUAUGAAGUGCCAGAAAAUGAGCUGUACAUCGAAGAGUAUAGGGCUAGCACAUCAAGUCAACACAUCUAUAUUGGUAUGUCAAGAUGGGUCGUUAUGUUUCUUGUUGGAAUCAUGACAGCUCUUGUUGCUGUUUUUAUUGAUGUCUGUAUCGAGGAGCUGUCUACUUUGAAGUAUAACUAUAUAUACCAAUAUUUUACAAAAUAUAUUGACCAAAGACAAAAGACCAUAAUCCCUUUUUUUCUUUGGAUUGCUAUUGAUGUGCUUAUGGUUGGUUUUGCAUCAGUUCUAGUAUCUUAUUUUGAGCCUGUUGCAGCUGGUAGUGGUAUACCUGUUAUCAAAUGCUUCCUAAAUGGUGUAAAGAUUCCUCAUGUUGUUCGACUUAAGACUUUGGUGGUAAAAGUUGUUGGUGUAAUAUUCUCUGUGGCUGGAGGUUUGGCUGUGGGAAAGGAAGGUCCAAUGAUUCAUUCUGGGGCUGUUCUUGCUGCUGGUAUUUCUCAAGGACGGUCGGUUUUGUUUCGAAAGGACUUCAAGUUAUUUGAGACUUUCAGAACAGACCACGAGAAGCGAGAUUUUGUCUCGGGUGGUGCAGCUGCUGGUGUUUCUGCUGCCUUUGGUGCUCCAGUUGGUGGCGUUCUUUUCAGUUUGGAAGAAGGCGCUAGUUUCUGGAAUCAAUCGUUAACAUGGCGGAUUUUCUUUUCUUCUGUAAUAUCGACAUUUAGCCUUAAUUUGCUUCUUUCCAUUUAUCACGAUCACAGUGGCGAGCUAUCAUAUCCUGGCCUCAUCAAUUUUGGAUCAUUUUCUGACAUUAAGUAUUCAGUUCGCGAAAUUCCUUUUCUGCUUAUUAUGGGUAUUAUUGGUGGUUUUUUGGGCGCCUUAUUCAACUUCAUCAAUCAAAAAUUAACUGUUUUCAGAAUGAGAUAUAUAAGAUCAGCGUGGAAGCGAGUCCUUGAAGCAAUGUUGAUCUCUGCUUUAACUACAUGUGCACUAUUUCAUUUGAUGUAUAAUUUUGAUGUUUGUCAGUCAAAAGGAGUUAGCAACAUCACCAUGCCUUUUCAGUUUUUCUGUAAAGAUGGUGAAUUCAGUGUGAUGGGAACUUUGGUGUUUCGACUACCAGAGCAAUCGAUCAAGAAUCUUUUUCAUACCUCAGAAGUGUAUGAUCUUCAAGUAUUGGCUGCGUUUUUUCCUGUCUACUUCUUACUCGCCACAUGGACUUAUGGAUCAUUUGUACCAAGUGGUUUAUUCGUACCUUGCAUUUUAACUGGUGCGGCUUGGGGGCGAUUAUUUGCCCUUGGUUUAUCAAAAUUUCUUCCCGAGCCGUUUGUGGCCAACACGUGCUUGUAUGCUGUAGUCGGUUCUGCUGCCUUUCUUGGUGGUGUUGUGCGCAUGACCAUUAGUCUCACAGUAAUUUUAAUGGAAGCGACAAGGAAUAUUACAUAUGGUCUGCCGAUGAUGUUGGUUAUAAUGGUUGCAAAGUGGAUUGGAGAUUUAUUUAACGAGGGAUUGUACGAUAUUCACAUUCGUUUGAGUCGUGUUCCUAUCUUGGGAUGGGACCCUCCACAAAUGGUGGAAGGUUUAAAUGCAAGAAAUAUUAUGAACAAACCAGUUUGCUGCAUGAACUUAAUCGAAAAUGUUGGUAACGUAAUUGAGUUGCUCAAGACGACUACAUAUAACGGCUUUCCUGUCAUUGAUCCUAUAUCUGAGGAUGAGGAAAGAAGUGAUAAAAAAUUUGGUACAUAUCGUGGUUUGAUUCUUCGGUCUCAACUCAUCGUGCUGCUUAAACAUAAAGUUUUCUUUGAACGAGGGAAAAGACCGACCAAACAUCAGUUGAAGAUGAAAGAUUUUCGAGAUGCAUAUCCCAGAUUUCAACCUGUCAGGACUAUACGUAUAUCUCCUCUUGAACGAGAAUGCUCACUAGACCUUCAACCUUUCAUGAAUGUAAUGCCUUACACUGUACACGAGGAAUCGUCGAUAUCACGUGUCUUUCAUUUAUUUCGUGCCAUUGGAUUACGUCAUCUUGUGGUUGUUGAUCAUCAUAAUCAAGUUGUGGGUAUCGUUACGCGUAAAGAUUUAGCUCGUUAUCGACAAUGGAGUCACAUGGGAAAAACUCGUCUGGAGAAAAUCCACGUCUUGGAUGAUAGCGCUUCUGAAGAUGAAUAAGACGACGUUGAAUAUCGUGGGAUAUUUACCAGCAGGGAAUAACUGACCGUAUUAACCGGUGAAUUAAACAAUAGCGUCGUUCGAACGUAAGAAAGACGGUGGAUCAAGUAUGUUUUUAUGAUUUUAUUCUGCACUUUAUGAUUUCAUCAAUUAUUUGACCAAUUUUAUGAUUAGCUUUUGCAAGAACUUUUAGGAAAAUGAUAUUUUAUUAGCACGUCAAAUUUAAUAAAUGGGGAAUAUUUUUUCAAUAA